AUGCUUUCCCCAACCUUUUCGUAUCACAGUCGAAUGGCUCCCCCCGUUCGACCAUCUCGCUCACUCGAAGGACUCGAGCGAGUAAUCCCACCACUCUCACCCAACACUCCCUCUACUCGCUGUACUCGCUCCGAACUCUUCCUCAACAAACCUCUCCCCGCAAGACCCCUUCCCGACCAACCAGAAUGUUCGGCUAUGUGGAGUGACUCCAGCGACAGCGACACCGAAAGUACCCUCGAUAGCCUCACCGGACCCAGUGAACCUCGCAACUCAGCAGAUAGUUAUCCCAUCUUCGUCAGUUCUGGCUCCGACUUCGACGACCUGGUCGAUCACCCGGCUCCAUCCGCAGAUCAGCUUCUGAGACUGUCCCCGCAACCUCCACAUAAACGCACGGACUCGAUCGGUAUCAAUAUCCCAUCAAUUGUCGAGCCAGCAUCAGUAUCAGUAUCAUCUUCAUUUUCCGACACACAAUACGUGCGCCCACCGCACUGGAACCAAAACCGCACAGGCACGAACCACUACUUCCGCGAGAAGAAGUGGGAUUAUUUCCCCGAACUGGCACCCUCCGCGCUCCAGGCCAGCGGCCGCAUCAGCCCAAACAUGGUCGCGCCGAACCACAAAACCCGCAAAAUAGGCAACCCGCUCGAUUUCGCCAAGGGCAAGUACCGCUGGCAUUCGCUCGACCGCGGCGGGUUCGGCGGAGUUCGCGACUCGAUCAAGACUUACGUCCACCGCACUCUCUCGCGCGACUCGACGGAAAGUAAGAAGGAAAUUCCCCGUCCGGCGACUGCGCCCAUGGACCGGCACCUCAAUGAUGUAGGAGGUACACUCGGCAAGACAGUCCCCGCACAGCAAUCAUCCUUGGCCUUGGAUACGAAGGUCGCGCGAGCUACAUCUGUUCCAUCUUCAAACGCCCAUCUCGCCGACUUCGCUUACUUCGCUCAGAACACCCACUACACCCCGCCGAAACAGCUCGCUGUUCCGCUGUCGCCAUACCAGAAACAUGGCCCUGUGAGCUGGGAAUCGCCUAAGAAAUCUAAGAAGCGGAAUAUUCAGUUCCCGAGAUAUAAGUCUUCGCCGGUAUUGGAUGCGGACCCGUCUUCGUCUUCAUCUUCGGCUCCUGACUUGUCGUAUGCAAAUGCUACUUCUUCUUUGUCUCCGUCGUGGAAGCAGUCCCAACACAAUACCCGAGGGGUAUUUCUGGGUGCGAAGAAGAAGAUUGUGGAGUCGAAGGAUAAUCGCCGAAGGGAGCACUUGAAGGCUCAGAUCAAGUUUGUUGGGCCUGUCAAUCCACAUACUUACGUGCAGGCGGAUCCAUGGGUUUGA